GCCGGGUAAGGUAAAAUGGGGGGUACUGAGAAUUUUUGCUUUUUAAGCUCUUUUUCGCAAAGAAUUAACAAAAAUUGUUAAUGAUAUUCUUAAUAAUAGUGUUUAAGAUAAAUUGAAAACCUUGAGAUUGAGAUGUGUAAGUUUUUCUUUGGGAAAAACACCAAAAAAUGAAUUCUAGAUGGUGUGCGUGGUUGCCCGACAUUCCCCUAAGGAAACUCUCCUCAGUUGGGAAGUAAACAUCACAGAGAAAGCAGCAAGAAAAGCUAAAGUCCGGGAAAAAUGUCGAAGCCAGUGAAAUUCUACUAUGACCUUCUGUCACAGCCAUCGCGGGCGAUGGUGAUUUUCCUCAAAUUGGCUAGAAUCCCCUACGAGGAUUUGCCAGUAGCUCUCCGGAAUGGAGAACAUCUCAGUGAGGACUUCAAGAAUCAGGUCAAUCGCUUCCAAAGGGUGCCCUGUAUCAAUGACAAUGGCUUCAAGUUGUCCGAGAGUGUAGCUAUCGUGAGAUACUUGGCCAAUAAACACAAGAUCCCAGACACCUGGUAUCCACAGGAUGCCAAGAAACAGGCUCUGGUUGAUGAAUACCUGGAAUGGCAGCACAAUAAUACCCGAAUUACCUGUGCCCUUUACUUCCAACUCAUGUGGCUGAAGCCUCUUCUGACUGGCAAGAAGCCCACGGAAAAGGAAGUGGACACGCACCUGCAACGCGUAGUGACCACCUUGGAUGCCAUUGAGAACAUCUGGCUGGAAAAGACACCUUUUCUCGCCGGCAAUGAAGUCACAGUGGCUGAUCUUUGGGCCGCCUGUGAAAUUGAGCAGCUCACGCUCACUCCCUAUGACUUCCGCAAAGGACGACCAAGGCUUACAGCAUGGCUGGAGAAAGUCCGUUCAUCCUCAAAUCCCCAUUACGACGAGGCACACAAAAUCCUCAAAAAACUUGCUGAAAAAACAUCUGCAAAAUUGUAGGAAAACAUUUUAUGUAAAAAAUGUUGGUUGAGGGGCAUUUUUAUCGCAGAAAAUAAAGGCUUUAUCUCUGA